ACACCGAGGAUGCACGCGGGGGCCCUGGGGCUCUCGGCCCUGCUGCAGGCGGCCGAGGAGAGCGCGCGCCUCUGCUCCGUGGUUUACUACUUCAUCACGGGACAGCCCCUCUGGGGGUGGCUGGCCCUUUCUGUGCUGCUGCCCGGCUUCUUGGUCCAGGGCCUGAGCUAUCUGUGGUUCCGAGCAGAUGGACAUCGAGGUCAUUGCUUGUUGGUCAUGCUACACCUCCUUCAGCUCGGCGUGUGGAAGCGGCACUGGGACGCCACGUCCACUGCUCUACAGAAGGAGCGGGAAGCCUCCAGCCGAGGCCAGCUGCUGCUGCAGGAGGCCGACCUGUCCGCCCUCCGCCUCCUGGAAGCCCUCCUGCAGACCGGGCCCCACCUGCUCCUCCAGACGCAUGUUUUCCUCGCCUCGGACUUCACAGAUGUUGUGCCAGGCGUGAGCGCCCUGUGCUCCUGGUCCGCGCUGUCCUGGGCCCUGGUGUGCUAUGCCUGCUUCAUGGGCUUCGUGAAGCCGGGCCACGUCUUCACACCGUGGGCCGCCCUGCUCUGCCAGCAGCUCUGGAGGAUGGGCAUGGUGGGAGCCCGCGUCCUGAGUCUGGUUCUCUUCUUCGGAGCUCACCGCGUCUGGGUUUUAGUGUUUGGAGGUGCCCACUGGCUGGUGAUGACCUUCUGGCUUGUGGCACAGCAGAGUGACAUCAUCGACAGCACCUGCCAUUGGAGACUGUUCAACCUGCUCGUGGGGGCCGCGUACAUCCUCUGCUACCUCAACUUCUGGGACAGCCCUUCCAGAAACCGGAUGGCCAUGUUCUAUACGAUUAUGCUGCUGGAGAACAUCGUCCUUUUGCUGUUGGCCACUGACUUUCUCCAGGGGGCCUCCCGGACCAGCCUGUGGACCAUAGCUGGAGUCUCGUCUGGAUUUCUGAUUGGCAGUAUCUCGCUGGUAAUUUAUUACAGCCUGCUACACCCUAAGUCUACAGACAUCUGGCAGGGCUUUGUGACAGAGGUCCGUGGCACUGCAGUGGGUGAUAGAGCGGAGAGAGAAUCUUCUCCCCGGGCCUCGGCCGCAGCUGGAGAGAGGCCAGGGAGCCCGGGGGGCAAUUGUGAGUUAACACAUCUGGGUAGGGCCCCUAGCCCACAGUGGGGACCCCCAGAGGCUGGGCUGGAAAGCCAGAUCGUUCAGGAAGAUUCCUUCCUCGGUCACCAUCACUGGCUGUUGGUGAAACUUGCCCUCAAAACAGGAAAUGUGUCUAAGAUCAACGCAGCCUUCAGAAAAGACGGUCCUGGCUUCUUCGGUCCCCCUGAGUGGGGACUGAGCCAACACUGCAACCAUCAGAUGACGCCCAGGUUUUCCCAGAAGGAGCUCACAUCGUCACCCCAUGACCCCCUCUCCUCAGACAAGGGCUGUGAGUCUCAAGUUGUCCGGAAAGCAGAGGCCGACCUGCUGGACACCUCAAGCUACGUCUCUUUGGCCGGCGACAAUCCAGACGAAGCUCCUGGCCGGCGGUGGUCAGCUGCACCCAGGGAGGGCAGCCCCAGGGAAGGAGCCGAGGCGGUUUCUCCGCUGCAGGGCAGGGGUGCAGGUGACCGGAGAGGAGAGGCAGGACAGGAGAGCGCCACCCUGUACUUUAGUGCCACGGCCGAGGGGGCCACGUCCCCACAGCGGGAAGCCGGGCAGGCGACUUCGCAGACACCCCUGUCUGGGAGGAGUUCGGAGCCCUCCCCUCGGCCGGCCACUCGGCCCUUCCCUGCCACCAUGGCCAGCAUUAGCCCGAUCCUGGGCCCGGGCCGCACCAGCAGCUUCCGCCCCAGCACAGGCUUGCCCGGCAGAGCCCUGGGUGGCUCAGAGCGAGGGGGACAGCAGGAGCCCAUGGGGGACCCGAAUCUUCCCACCAUUGCGGGGACACGGAUGGCAUUACCAGAGGUGAGUCUGAGGCCCGCAGACGAGCCUUGCCUCACAUCCACCCCCAAGUGUGAGCCUGCCCACGGGGACUGCGGCGGGAGGGCCCGGCUGAGGACCAUGCCAAGUUUCUCCAUGUGACCGCAGUCCCGGCGGGCAGGGCGACAGGCGGCCGAGUCACGCUGGUCCCUGGGCUUUGAGAUUUGAGACCGGAGAAUCCCAGUUCUACCUCUGCCCUCCGUGUAUCCCCCGGACCUGUUUGCACAACUGAAGCAUGAACGAGCUGGACCAGAUUAUUGGCGAGCUCCCCGUACACACGUGUGCACAGAACACACUUUCCUGUCACGCUGUGGGAGCGGGGCAAGGGGCUUCCCGUCAAAAUUGCCCGCUUCCUUUUACCAACGAUCUGAUCCCGAUUUUUAAAUUUAAUUUAACCUUAGUUUUGUUGCUGUGGCUUCCACGAAAGUCAAAGGUAAAGAAAGCCCAGGGUUCCGUUUCAUCGUGAGUUCUCGUUACAGUUUGCCUCUGCUGACACGAGGGGAUGAUCAGUCCCUUAAAAAUGUAUUCUCCCUGUAUCACUUUACGGGCCUCCAUGAUAAGAUAAUGCAAGCCCUUUCUGGAAGCAGGUGAGAAGGCUGUGCUUCUCAUCAUCAACAUAGCGGAAGAAUGCAAAUGUCAUCCUGAGAUUCCUUUGCCAGAAAAAAAAAAAUGCUACGUUCGUUGCUGACCCUGCAGACCCCCGCCCCGCAGGCCAGCCAGCCGGCAGCCCGGACCUCACACUCCAUUUCCUCGACCCCCACACUUUGCUCCCUCCUCCGUUCCACGGGGGACACUACCUGUGGUCUGGACUCGCCGGGCGAGAAGUGCGGCCGCUGUCCAUUUCCUUCUCUUAUUUCUUUCUCUUCUUCCCCUAACCUGGGCUCUUUGUAGGCAGGCAUUCACAUCAUUUCUGCAAGCCUUCCUUCAGAGCUGGUGUAAAAAGUGCAGGCAUAGGGGCUCCUGGGGGACUCAGUCGGUUAAGCGUCUGACUCUUGCUUUCAG